AUGAAUCAUGUGGUAGAUUAAACAUCAACUAUGAAUUCUCACGUUGUGAUGAAUGGUACAUUGGACAAAGUGACAGAAGUAUCUGUUAGUGAUAGGAAACCUAUUGUAACCUAUGCUGGAGAUAAAGAACUGUUUCUUGGUUUGGAGCCUACUUUGUGUUCCUCUUUACCACAAGAGGCCGCAGAGUGGCGCAGAACCUAUGGCCGAGCAAUAAAAUCUGUUAAUGUUUCUGCUACGUUUGUUCCAUUUACAAAGGAUGUUCUUCCUAAAGAAGGAGAUUACCAUCUUAUCGAUCAACCUAUGUUUCAUACUUAUUGGACUCAAUGUUCAGAUGUGGAAUAUUAUAAAUCAAAUGUUCGUGAAGAUAUUGAACUGUGGAUGAGUGUUUUGCAACAGUUCAAAUUAUCUGAAUGGAUGAUAGUGGUUGUAGAAACAUAUGAUUUCCGCAAAUCAAAUAAACUCCUCCCAAGAACUACAGUUUAUGACAAAAUUAAAAGCGAUUUUGGCGCUAAGCAUGCUGAUAGGUGUCUAUCUGUCAUAAAUCCUUUAAGAUCUGAAUCACGCUCUGCUGGUUCUUGGCGAGGUUUAGUUGUCAAUACAAGGCUUCUCCUCCUUGCUGCAUUUGAUAGAAUUUUGUUAAAAUUUGAAGAAACAUUACGUGAACAACGAGACAGAAGAAAUCAAGUCGGAUGGAGUUUUACAAAAUACUUUUUAUUACAAGAGGAACUUGCAUUUGUGCUUGAAAUGUUGGGUGUUUAUGAAGAAGCCUUGGUGCAGUAUGAUGAACUUGACGCACUAUUUACGCAGUUUAUUGUCAAUUCCAAUCUCGGUGAAACGCCUGCUUGGCUCACCCAGUUCCAAACACCUUUAGAAUCUUGGCAAGGCCUGAGUUUAACUUCUGGAGUGAAUUUAAAGGAAAGGGCGAGAAUAGAAAACAAUAGCUGCUCUCUACUUCAAUUCAGAAACUACCUGUUCUCGAGGCAAUGCGCUAUGCUGCUCUACUCCAACAAACCAUCUGAAGUUGCUGAAAGGACGUUACCCUUCCUCCAUAAUUGCAUUCGAGAACUUUAUUUGCUUGAAGUGGCUUGCCCUGUUGGCUCAGUUCCCACUUGGGUUUUUCUCUCAUCUGUUGAGAUCUUACAAAUAUGCGAUACCUACACAGACAGUGUACAUGUUGAACAGUAUUCUAGGUAUACUGCUGGAAUUUGGGCGUAUGCUCGGCAAAAGCUCUCCGAACUUGGAAAACUAUGUGGUCUUAUGCCUGGACAGGUUCCAUCUAGUGAACAACUACACCUCGCUGUUGAAAUAUUUUCAGGCCUCGGGGAAGCAAACACUAAACCGGUUGAAAAACUCAAGAGGGCUCUGUCAAACCAUCAAGAAUUCUACAAAAUGUAUUUGGAACUGUCUGAACUUGCAAUGGGAACUUACAAACAUAUUGGUCGGGUGAGAUGUGCCCGGAGCCUGGGUCAGGAUCUGUCAGACUUCUACCGUGUCCUUGGAGAUGAUCAGACAGCUGCUAGUUUCUUACAGCAUGCCUUGCUGUCUUAUGACCAAGAUGGCUGGACGAAAUUGGCAGCGAUUACCAGACUUCGGUUGGCAUCAUCUUACCUAGCGUUGGGGGACCUGCACAGGUAUACAAAAAUGUGCUUGUCAAUAGCAUGCUCCACCGAACUAGAUAUGCCGUUGAGAAUGAAACAUUAUUCUGAUGCUCUUAAUACCAUUUCUACUUCUAAGCCUGAUCCACCAUGGUCAUGCUGCCUUACAGAUUGCUUUAUCUUGACUGAUGUUGAUGUACAAGUCCACCAAGGAGGUAUGAACGUAUCUGCCACACUUGGGAUAAAGUCACUCCUUCCUGUCGAGACUGUUAGUGAUUCAGUUUCAAUGGCUAUUUCCCAGUAUAAACAUGAGAGUAAAUCUUCUUCAAAACAUAAAGAAGCCCUUGAAAAUAGCAGAAGGAAAUCAUUGGAUAGCUCUAGUUCUUCAAAUUUAUAUUUACUCAAAAUACCAAUGACUUUGAGGCACGAUUACCAACAAGACAAAAGCUUAGCUGGGUCUUCACUCGAAGUAAAAAAUACAAAACAAAUAGUGAGGCGUCAAGAUAGUCAUGGAAAGUAUAGGAAGAUAUCAAAUAUUGCGAAAGCGGAUUUCACAAGAUAUUUAUCUGCUAAGAAAGUGGUUUUGAAACCAGGUUUGAACAGUGUCCAUCUUACAUGCAAGGAAAGUGAAGCUGGUCAGUAUCGCCUUGGUCAGUGCUGUAUUACUCUCAUGGAAGGUUUCGAACUUCUGUCUCCUCCACUGCCGCAGAAAGUUAUUUUUGAAGUUUCUCAUAUACAACCGGCAGUUUUACUAAUUAACCAUGGAGAUAUGCUUGCAGGUCUUGUCCAGGACGUUACGCUGAAGAUUUGUUCCAAUAGCUACAGUGUUGCUGAGGAUACAAAGGUGAAAUUGAAAGCAAGCAUUGGCCUUGAAUUAAAAGAUGGUGAUAAAGAUUGGAGCCGUGUUUUAGAAGUAAAACUACCUGCAAUAAAGCCUAAUUCGAGCUUGGAGCUUCCGCUUAAGAUGUAUGCCGAGCUUCCGAAUAUCAAGGAUUGUACAAAUUUGGAACACAAUGUUAUGGUGAAAAAUGACUGGAGUGAAGAAGAACAUGCAAUCGGUCUUAACUUGAAGCCUGUCUUAAGUUCAAAGCUGAGUAUGCAAACCUCAAAACAUUCAAAAUUUCUUCAUGUUGCUGUAACAAGUGUGACAAGUCUAUCAAUUAAAAGCAUCGUAAUGACUCCUCUCUCGUCUAGUAAUGUUCUUCUCAUUCCUUUGAAUCCCAGUAUGGAAACUACAACUCUUACACCAGAAAGAAAAAUAUUUUUUAUGUGGAAAAUGGAAGUAGAGAACAUCACUGAGCAUUCGCCAUUCAAGACUGAGUUGACUCUGCAUUACAACCCUACAUCUGGUGAUACUACCUCCAAGAAAGAUUAUAUUUACAAAUGCACCUUUGACAUAGUUAAUUACAAGACUAUUUACCUCCUGGAAUGUCGAGUGGAACCUAUCCGAGGUUCUGAGUUCUGUCGAGUGAGCACUGUUUGUCAGCUGAAGCUUAAGGUGACAAAAGUGAAUAAGGAAUCCACUGUUGCAGAUCCUGAUUGUAAUAGCCUUAUGUACGAGGUACUGACGGAGCACAACAUGUGGGCAGCCUGUGGUCGUACUGCAGGUGUAUUGAACUUGACUGAUAUGGACGAACAAACUGUAUUGUUGGAUGUGAUGCCUCUUGUCAAUGGUUAUUUACCUCUUCCUUCUGUUAGGUUGUCCAAAUAUAUUCCUGCUGGUGCAAAGUCUUCUUCAGGUCGCAGUGAGGGUCAUCCGAGGUUAGAACCCUUCAGCGCCGGACAGGUCUACAAUUUGAGCAAGAGCUCGCAAGUGCACGUGAUAUCGGCCGCUUCGCCGCAGGACCCCUAG